CGUGCAACACGAAGCUCAGCUCCUCCUCUUUCUCCGGCGACAAGGGGGAUCCCUAAACCCUAACCCUAGUCCUAAUCUCGGAGCUUUUGCCAUCGGCGGGGGAGGCAGAGGAGCGAGGAAGGGGAGAAGCCAUGGAGGGGUCGGGGGAGCUCCAGUGCGUGGGGAAGCUGGAGAUCGCGGAGCCGAAGAAGCCCCUGGGGUUCCUCUGCGGCACCCUCCCCGUACCCACCGACUCCUUCACCUUCCCCCUCUUCCGAUCAGCCAUUGUCCCCUCUCCCCACGCAGCUGGGGCUCCGAGGUAUCAGAUGCUCCCGGCGGAGACGGAUCUCAAUACACUUCCUCUUCUCUCUAAUUUGCCUGAGAAGGUGUUUCCGUCGGCGGCGAAGAGUAGUGAAUGUUUUUACACUGAAAGCGGACCUAUUAGCCAAAAUUUGUCUCGAAAAUGUGAAUCUCUUGCUGUGUUGGGGCUUACUGAAUAUGGAGAUGACAUAGAUGUAGUGGCUCCAACCGACAUCUUGAAGCAGAUUUUUAAGAUACCAUACUCUAAAGCGCAGUUAUCUAUUGCAGUUCACCGUAUUGGAGAUACCCUCAUUUUGAAUACAGGACCUGAUGUUGAAGAAGGAGAAAAGACAUUCAGAAGACAGAGUAACCAAUCUAAAGGUUCUGAUCCUUCAAUCUUCUUAAACUUCGCAAUGCACUCAGUGAGAGCUGAGGCUUGUGAUUGCCCACCUGGUCAUAAACCAUCAUCAGAGAAGCAAACGCGUUCCACUAUCUUACCUGGACAUUUUGGACAUAGAGAUGGUACUUUUGUAUCUUCAGCAACUGCCAAUGUUAAUACAUCUCAAUAUCUCGAUAAAAAUGUUAGUAAUACUCGGAGUACUUCAGAAUCGAAUCAUGAUAACUUCUACUGGAGCACACGGCAGAACAAGCAAGAAGGUAAAAGACAAUAUCCCAUCAAAAGGACUUCAGAGGUGGGUGAAAAACCAAGAGGCCCAGUUCAAGAAUCUGAGAAGCAUAGAAAAGUUGGCGGCAGUGGUUUUUUGAGGGUUUUAUUCUGGCAAUUUCACCAUUUUCGGGUGCUGUUAGGUAGCGACUUGCUUUUAUUCAGCAAUGAGAAGUACGUCUCAGUAAGCUUGCACCUCUGGGAUGUCUCAAGACAGGUCACUCCGUUAACUUGGCUUGAAGCUUGGCUUGACAAUGUCAUGGCGAGCGUGCCUGAGUUGGCUAUCUGCUAUCACAGAAAUGGUGUUGUUCAAGGUUAUGAGCUACUGAAAACAGAUGACAUAUUUCUGCUUAAGGGUGUUUCUGAGGAUGGCACACCUGCUUUUCAUCCACACAUUGUCCAACAAAAUGGCCUUUCAGUGUUGAGAUUCCUUCAGGAUAAUUGUAAACAAGAUCCUGGCGCAUACUGGUUAUACAAAGGUGCAGGAGAGGAUGUUUUGCAACUGUUUGAUCUAUCUGUGAUACCGAAAACACAUUCAACUGAUGAUGAUGAUAGCAACUGUAGAUCUUUAAUGAACAAAGGGCGAAGGGACUCUUUGUUUUCUCUUGGGACUCUUCUCUACCGUGUUGCUCACAGACUAUCCCUUUCGAAGACACCUGAUAAUAGAGCAAAGUGCGCCAGGUUCUUCAAGAAAUGUUUGGACUUCCUUAGUGAGCAGGAUCACCUAAUAAUUCGAGCAUAUGCUCAUGAACAAUUUGCAAGACUCAUUCUGCAAUGUUACGAGGAGCUGGAAUUAACGUCAGAAUCCUUUCUUCUAGAAUCUGAAGUUACUGUUACCGACUUGGAAGAUGAAUCUUCAGAUUAUACUCUCGAAAUGUUUGCAUCAAAACUGCAAGAGAAGGGAUCAUCUCAUGCUGCUGAAGAUGCAAUUUCAACCAAAGAUGGUACUAUUCUGCAAAAUUUAGAGUCAGAGCCAUCUCCUGCAUCAAAGUCGGAAGCUGAUUCUUGUUUUGAUAAUGAUUUUCCUCAUGCUGUAGAUAAAGAAAUAGAAAUUUCAGUGCAAAGCAGUUCUACUUCCAGAACAGAGGAUAACUUGGAAAUUAUGUGCCAAAUCGGAAUGUCCUCUCCUGUAGUAACGGCAAUAGCUGAUCCAAUCUGCUCGAAGUUAGCUGCAAUACACCAUGUAUCACAAGCCAUCAAAUCUCUUCGAUGGAAACGCCAGCUGCAGAACACUCGAGGGGAUUUUACUGAUAACACGAACAAAACCCAUGAAAGAUCUUCCAUUAAUUUCUCCAUUUGCAUGUGUGGUGAUCCUGAUUGUAUAGAAGUUUGCGACAUUAGGGAAUGGCUUCCGAAAACCAAAAUGGACCAAAAAAUGUGGAAGCUUGUUCUUUUGCUGGGAGAAUCCUAUUUGGCUCUUGGGGAGGCUUAUAAGGAGGAUGGGCAACUUUAUCAGGCUCUCAAGGUUGUAGAAUUGGCAUGUCUAAUUUACGGAUCAAUGCCUCAACAUCUUGAUGAUGCUGAGUUUAUCACAUCUAUGCCUAGUCUAGAUAGUGAUGCAGCAGUUAAUCCACAGUGCUUUUAUGAUGAUUUUGUUGUUGAGCGCUUGCCUUCUAAUUAUUUAUUUUGGACCAAGGCAUGGAUGCUUGUGGGGGAUGUGUUUGUGGAGUAUCACAGAUCAAGGGGUAAUGAAGUUCCUGUAGAAAGAGAAAGGAUAUCAGGUGGUGAGCUGAAAAUGUCUAAUGAAGUCGUGAAGGAGGUCAAACGACUUAAGAAGAAGCUGGGGCAGUAUAAGCAGAAUUGCAGUUCUUGCUCCUUGAUUAACUGUAGCUGCCAGAGUGAUAGAGUAAACAGCGGCAACAGCGCUAGCAGUAGCAAUGUAGAAACACCCUCCUAUACCAGAAAGCAAAAAAGAAAGCCGCUAACAAGAAAGUCGUAUUCAUACUCAAGAGGAAAACAAGAUGAAAGUAAUUCGCCCAAAAUAGAAAUUGUAAAUAGUUCUGAAGAUGGUCAAUUGCACAAUUCUACUGCUAGUGAAGUACCAAGUUCUCAGUCAUCCAAUAAAGAUGCAACCACGAGAAGUGGGGGUAUAUUUAAGUUUCUUGAAGGUCCUAAAUAUGGAGAUAUUGAGUACAACCUGUCUUGCGCUGUAACAUGUUACGAUGCUGGUAGGAAUGCAAUGGCAGGAUUUCCUAUUAAGUCUGAAGAGUUCUACGCCAUUUUGAAGAAAGAAGGGUGGGCAUCAAAUGAACUAGGCCGUUAUAGACUCGAGAACAAGAACUUAAGCGGUGCCGAAAGUGCUUUUGCAGAUGCUAUAAAAGCAUUUCAAGAAGUUUCAGACCACACCAAUAUAAUACUGAUAAACUGUAAUUUGGGCCAUGGCAGAAGAGCAUUGGCCGAAGAAGUGGUGUCUAAGAUGGAUGAACUUCCAAAAUAUGAUCUCCUUCAAAAUGCAUAUAAAAAUGCUAUCAAGUCUGCUAAGUUUGAGUAUUUGCAAUCACUGAACUACUAUAGUGCUGCAAAAAGAGAACUGGAUUCUUUUAGGAAUGAGGUUGAUAAACAAUUGUGUAAUGAGGUGUGUACACAAUAUGCUCAUACUUAUCUGAGGCUUGGAAUGCUUUUGGCCAGAGAAAGCAUAACACUUGAGAGCUAUGAAAGUAGACUUCUCGAUGAGUUGCCAAGUGAUGAGAAAGGAAAAAAUAGAAAAAAGCAUGACAUGUUAGCAAGUGAUGCUUUUAGGGAAGCUAUGUCUAUGUAUGAAUCUCUCGGUGAACUCCGAAAACAGGAGGCUGCUUUUGCUCAUUUUCAGCUUGCUUGCUACCAUAGAGAUGUGUGUUUGAAGUUUCUGGAUUUGGAUAAUAAAGAAAUGAAGCAUUCUAAGCCCGAGAAUAACUAUCGUCAGAAGGCCAAGUGGUACGGUUCUCUAGCAGAGAAGAAUUGGCAAAAGGCUAUAGAUUUUUAUGGUCCGAAGACGCAUCCUUCUAUGUAUCUUAAUAUUCUCAUGGAGCAAUCAGCCCUUUCUUCAAGCCUUUCGAAAUCAUUUCACUCGAACACAAUGCUCGAAGCUGCACUUGUCCACUUACUAGAAGCCCGCCACGUAGUGGAAGCAACCGAGGAUAAUUCAUUCGACAAGGAGCUAGAAAUCAAAGCGAAAUUCUGGAAUCAGUUACAGUCGCUGCUAAAAGCUAUGGUGGCAACAGUGCAUUCGGGGAAUACAAACAAGCCCGGUUCUUUUAGCCAAGCAACUACAUGCAGUAGAGGUGGAGAUGUCGCGAAGCUGCGGGAGAUGUACCGCAUAUCAUUGAAAUCGAAUAGUUUGGUUCAAUUGCACGCCAUGCACAAAUUGUGGAUCUCAUAACAUCUUUCAUUGUGAUUUUAUAUUUGUGUACAGAAGCGAAACAAUUUUGGCUGUGUUAAGACCUUUGAUUGGAAAUGUUUGAUGUUUGCUGUAAUCUUUCUCGUUUGGAGUAAAUUUUGCAUUAUGUUUGUAAUCAUAAUGAAAAUGACUAGAAUCGCCCAUUUUUUCACGUUA